GAAAGCAAGGUCAUUACUGGUUUGUUUCUCGGUGAAAAGCUGUUUCCACGCGAAGUCUGUUGCUCCAGACAAUCCUUGUCGCUUUGUUCUUCAUGGUCCGGUCCGGAAGGCCAUUUCUGUCCAGUACCAAUGUAGGUAGAGAUGUAGGCCCGGGCAAAAGAAAAUGAGAAUUUCACAUGAGUUGACUGCCCAUUCUGCUGCCAUUAUUUUCCCACUCGUUUUCUUUGCCCCCCUCCUUGGAGUAAGUUGACUUGACCUUCGUAAGGUCGUCUUUCCCAUUUGAUCCGAAGGGAAACUUCUUGGUUAAAGUAGCUGCAAUUUUGGCAAUCACCAAAACUAGGAUUUAAUUUAGUUCUCAGUGAUGGAUAGAAGGCGGGAUGAAGAAGAUAAUAAUGUAGCUGCAGUCUACGAAGCCUCGUUGAAUGGCUGUGUAAGCACCUUGAACACGUUGAUCCAAAGGGAUGCAAUGCUUCUUCAUAAAAUCUCGUUGACAUCCUUCGCUGAAACCCCCUUACACAUAGCAGCUUUGCUUGGCCAUGUCGAAUUUACUGGAGCUCUUCUCAGCAAGAAACCAAAUCUUGCUAAUGAAGUUGACUCACAGGGUCGAACCCCCCUUCACUUGGCUUCUGCAGAAGGGCACACCGAGAUUGUAAAGGCAUUAUUGCGGCAAACAAAUGCAGAAAUUUGCCUAGUUUGUGAUGAAGAUGGAAGAAUUCCUCUCCAUUUAGCAGCAAUGAGAGGACGAAUGGAGGUGAUAAAAGAGUUGCUUUUUGCCAAACCACAGUCGAUCAGGGUGGAGCUCGAUGGCUGUAAUGUUUUGCACUUGUGUGUUCGAUAUAAUCAUUUGGAUGCUCUGAAACUACUUGUGGAAUCCUCCAUUAAUGAUCAGGAUGAUUUCCUCACCUCCAAAGACAGUGACGGUAACUCAAUCUUGCAUUUAGCCACCAUGUUCAAGCAAACGAAGACCAUAAAAUACCUGCUUUCAAUAUCGGAAAUAAAAAGAGAGGUCAAUGCCACAAACAGAAUGGGUUACACAGCGUUGGACGUCUUAGAGUUCUCUCCUAGAGACUUCAAAUAUCUUAGAAUCCAAGACAUUUUCAAAGAAGCUGGCGCAAGAAGAUGCACGAAUCUAAUGAUCAGUACUUCUUCCUCAUUAGGACCAACAGUUCGCGCAGAUGCUGAAGAACAAACAGCACAAAACACCAUUAAUGAAGCAGUACAAGCAGCUCAAUCAUCAAGGUUUAAGAAAUGGUGGAGAUACCUCCGGUCGUGGUCAUGGGUUAAAUACCUGAAACACCAAGGUAAUUGGAUAGAAGAGACACGAGGCACAUUGAUGGUAGUGGCGACUGUGAUUGCAACCAUGACUUUCCAAGCUGGGAUCACCCCACCAGGUGGUGUUUGGCAAGAAAACACAACCACGGGUGGUUCUAAUUGUUCAGAACCUGUGUGUGAAGCAGGCACUGCAGUUUUGUCUUAUGCUUGGCCACUAGAUUACAUAAACUUCUUGUCUUUCAACACUACCUCUUUCUUUGCAUCUCUAUCUGUUGUGCUUCUGAUAAUAAGUGGAUUUCCUCUUAGGAACAAGUUUGCUAUAUGGUUUUUGACAUUAGCCAUGACCACUGCCGUCACGUUCAUGGCACUCACAUAUUUGUGGGCGGUGGGUUUGGCCACCCCAGAUCAUCUGCUACGUAAAGUUUAUAGAAUGGCUUACUCAUCAGCAGGCACUUGGAUUGGAUUGCUCGUUAUUGUUGGUGUGGUUAACACAAUCCGCCUAUUCUAUUGGAUAAUGAAAAAACUACGCAAAUCCACGCGCAGGUCAAAUACAGUUGGUCCAAUAGAUCAUGACAUUGUCAAUGUCUAAAAGGAAAAUCUUGUGGCAUACAAUUUUUUUUUUUUUUUAUGGAGUAUGAUCAAUGAUGUUAUGUAAUAUAUUGAUUAAUGUUUU